GGGAGUGCGAGAGGAAAGCUGCGUCUCGGAGAAACAUUAGCCAUCGCUUGGAUGUUACUUUGCUUGCUUUUGUUGUUUUUUUCCAACUAUUAGUCCAAAAUUUAUAUUACAAUCCCUCAAUUGGUCAUAUUUAUUUUGCGCAUUUUCUUUAUUGUUUUUACGCUGUAUAUAACAUGAUUCGAAUUCUGUUUUUGCUGCCCGUUCUGUAUUAUGAAGUGAACGCCAUGGUUUUGGAUUCAAACACCAUUAGGAUAACCGGGGAGGGUGGGCUGAACCUGGCCAAGGGUACUCGUUGCCAGGUGGACAGCGACUGUCAGUCUGGAAACUUCUGUCACAAGACAAGUGAUAAAGAACCACUUUGUAAGACGUGCCACGCUCUGCGGCGCCGUUGUCAGCGUGAUGCCAUGUGCUGCCCAGGGACUCUCUGCAUCAAUGAUGUCUGUGCCCGGCCGGAGGAGGUGGUGACUGUCAGAAGCAUUACUACUGGUCAGGACGUCUCUGCAUCUAAAGGAAAGAACAGACAGCGCAUUCUCGAGAACAAGCCUAAAAAGCAAUCCAGCAGUAAAGGACAGGAAGGUGACAACUGCCUACGGACCUCAGAUUGUGCACCUGGAUUGUGCUGUGCACGCCAUUUCUGGGACAAGAUUUGCAAGCGCAUGCCCAAGGAGGGAGAGGUGUGCUCUAAACGGGGACGAAAAGAGGUCCCCCAGAGCCAUGAGCUGUUUCAGCGCUGUGAGUGUAGCCCUGGCCUCAGCUGUCGACUUCAGAGUGACAACAAAGACAAACAAAAUUCUCGACUUCGAGUGUGCCUGCGGCCCUUAGAAGGUUCCACAAAAAAGGAAGCUGGCAGCAGCUCAAAAAAACUUAAAAGGAAGCGGAGACACUGAAAGGACAUACCCUGUGCCCCUGUCUAAGGGGUCAUCAUCAGAAGACUUUAUUCACCAGUCAUUUUGAUACUGCUGCCAGGAGUCUACUAAAAGGUCCAAUCAUCCCUCAUAUUCACUUCUUGUGAAGGACGCCGCUUCUAAUGAAUGAACAAUCACUACAAUGGCAUUUUAAUCAAAAUAUCUCAAACUGUUUAAAUAUUCAUCUCUCCACUAGUUCAAAUUAAUGGCUCAUUUACACGAUUCCAAUUGGGGAAAAGCUUAACCCACAACCAAAUGGCACUUAGUAGAGUAAGACACUGUAAAUAACAUCAAUCAGUUCAUGCAAGCACUACUGCAUAUUCACAAUAACAGUUGGGCCACCCAUAAAAAAAAAAAAUAUUAUGUCCUAGAAGGAAAUCCUCUUGAACACAUGAAAGUUACACACUUAUCCAGGCCUUUACCAUAAAUUGGGCCCAAAUAAGUGUGAAGUGAAAAAUCUUCCCAUUGCAUUAACCUAUUGUUUUAGACUUUUCAUUGUUUAAGAACGUUUACUUUCUUCAAAAGAUGGAAAUGUUCUUGGUUUGUAACAAAUGUAUUCAGCGGUUUGAUUCAACUGAACUUUUAAGUGCUAAGGAAGCCAAAGUUUAGCUAUGGAGUUAUGUCAAAGGCUGAGUUGACAGUGCUGGUGGUGUGACAGAGAACAAAAAAAAAAAAUAAUAAUAAUUCAAUUGUGGAUCAUAAAACAGAAUCCAUUCAAAGAAGCUCUACCACCAGCACUGCAAGGCAAAUAGUCUUUUUAAUAUUUAUAGAUAAGCAUUUAAGACAAACUCUGGAGAGGCUGUGCCCAGAACCAAAAACCUAUACAAUAACAUUCACAACAGACUUGACGUUCACUUCCCAUUCUCUAGUUGUAUUGGCAGCUGCUACACAUAUGUACAAGUUUAGUACAAGAUUACGUAAUCUGCUCAUUAGAAAAUAAAAUUAAAGUGAGUUACUUAACAUAUUUACUUAAAAUCUUAAGUCUUUCAUACAGAGUUUCAAAAAUGUAGGAAGAACUAAAAUAUAAGAUAUUAUAUAGAUACUUAAAAAUGGCCGUACCUCUAAAAUUAAAUAUUGGCCAUUUCAUACUAGAAGUAGCUCAUCCCUAUUCACUGUCAGUGCGAAAGAAAACACAAGGCACUGUUAAGUACUGAGUGAUGCAUAAGGCGAGAUUGCAAGAAGGUGGAAUAAAGAAUAGCAGACACCAUCCGAUCCGAUAGUAGAAAAAACAGGGGAAAGUUAAGAUACUGGCAUGCCAUACUGCAGGUCCUGCAAGGUGAAGAUAAGAAGGUCAAGCCACUUUUUUUCUGGAGGCACAAGUAAAGACAAUGACAGAAAUAUUAACAUUUCCAUAGUUUUGUUUUUCCUUUGUGUUUUUAACAGAAUAAAAACUGUAUAUUGCUAUCACCACCUUUAUCUUUCAGCUUAGUCUUUCAAUGCCUCCUCUUAAAAGCUCUGAAUUUUACAACCAGAAUAAUUAAAU